AUGAUAUCUCCGAAAUAUAUUCUGCUGUUUCUGGCCCUAUUUUACUUCCUGGAUGGCGUUUCGUCGGUUACUUGCGAUGUGGAACCCACAAAUACCUCCUGCAUCGACUGCCGAAUAUAUCCUACGCAUAUUGAGUGUUUACACAAGCUUUUCACUCCAGUAACAACAACUGCUCCGCUGACUGUGACCACAACCAGAAGAUCACGCAUUGGGCGAUUUCGCAGCUUUUUCGGCAACUUUAUAACGCGAAUGAGGAAUAAAAGUUGGUUUUAA